AUGGCGCCAGAGGUCUUCUUCAGCGUUUGCUACGCUGACAAACAGCCCCCAAAGGCUAUUCAGGAUCUCCACACCUUCACUCCGGCCAUUCUAGAUGGCUACUGCCGCCACAGGGUCCAAUACGCGGACUAUCCAGCCAUCGUCGAAGAGCCAGGCCACUGCGUGCGAGGCAUGUAUGCGACUGGAUUGACAGAGGCCAACAUAUACAAGCUGGAUGAAUUUGAGGGCGAUGAGUAUAAGCGGAUCAAGGUCAACGUCAAGCUGUUAAAGAUGGAGGACGAGAAGGAAGUCGAGGGAGAGGUCAAGGAGGCGGACGUAUACGUCUUCCUCAACCCCGAUCUGCUGGAAAAGCGCGAAUGGGACUUUGAAGAGUUCCGAGAGCAGAAGAUGAAGAUGUGGACCCGAGGCGACUGGGCGUUUUCAGAAGGUAACUCCCCGGGCUGCUAUUAUGCCACCUUUGGCAAGUUUACUGAUUCGAGAUUUAGAGGAGAAGGCAGUUGUUGA